UGUUCACUCACGCAGUGACGAUAAGCAGCGCUGCGCAGCGGACGAGGAUGCUCUGUUCUCCCCCGCGUACACCCUCCUGUCUCAUGCUUUCCACGAUCAACAUGGAAGGGCUUAAUUAAUGCCCCUGCCCUCAAGCUAAUGAAUUUUAACUCGCAGUUUGAGACUGGACUUACGUUAAAGCACUGGACUUUCCCUACCGAGUGGAUAACGCUGAGGUAUCUGCCGAAUAAUAAGUCUUCAGAGAAGAGGCAAAUUAUGCAAGCAGCACCAGAGUCCCUCCCUCUGGUGACGUGCCAGCCCAUUGGUCAGACCGCCCUGUGCCCCUCCUCUAGCCCCGCCCUCUCUACUGGCAGAUCCAUGCUGCUGGACACGCCCCACAGAGCCACGCCCACACCAUGAGCGCCAACGGGCCCGCCCCUGUGGCCCUGGCUUCAGCCCCGGCUACAACCCCAGUCGCCCCACCGGUCGCAGCUCCGGUAGCUGCCCCCACGGCUGCCCCGGUCCCGGUGCCGACCGUCCCGGUGGGCGCAUUGGCACAGAAGAAGCGGGCGCAGUACGCCAAAAGCAAGAAGCAGGGGAGCAACGCCAACACCAGGCCAGCCAGGGCCCUGUUCUGCCUCAAACUUAACAACCCUAUACGAAGAGCCUGCAUCAGCCUGGUAGAGUGGAAGCCAUUUGAUAUCUUUAUAUUAAUAGCUAUUUUUGCCAACUGUAUGGCCUUAGCUGUGUACAUCCCCUUCCCCCAGGAUGACUCCAACUCCACCAACCAUGACCUGGAAACGGUAGAACAUGUCUUCCUCGUCAUUUUCACUAUCGAAACCUUUCUGAAGAUUAUCGCCUACGGUUUAGUGGCGCACCAGAAUGCGUAUGUGAGAAACGGAUGGAACAUGCUGGAUUUUGUCAUCGUCGUUGUCGGGCUGUUCAGUGUUGUCCUGGAGCUUUUGACCAAAGACUCUGUUGAGACGAAGGAGGAAGCGGAGGCGGGCGCGGCGGCGGCGGCGGCGGCGGCAGCGCUCCACCCCUCCGCCCACGGCCACGGGGGAAAGUCGGGCGGCUUCGACGUCAAAGCCCUCCGGGCCUUCCGUGUGCUGCGACCCCUACGCCUGGUUUCAGGAGUGCCCAGUUUACAGGUUGUGUUGAACUCCAUUAUUAAAGCCAUGGUCCCUCUCCUCCACAUCGCCCUGCUGGUCCUGUUUGUCAUCAUCAUCUACGCCAUCAUCGGCCUUGAGCUCUUCAUUGGCAAAAUGCACGCUACCUGCUUCUUCCCCAGCACAGGCAUGAUAGCGGAGGACGAGCCGGCUCCAUGUGCGAUCUCAGGGCACGGGCGCCAAUGUCCCAUAAAUGGCACCGAGUGCAGGGAGGGCUGGCACGGCCCCAACGACGGCAUCACCAACUUUGACAACUUCCUGUUCGCCAUGCUGACCGUGUUCCAGUGUAUCACCAUGGAAGGCUGGACGGACGUGCUCUACUGGAUGAACGAUGCUAUGGGUCUAGAGCUUCCAUGGGUCUACUUUGUAUCUCUGGUCAUCUUCGGCUCCUUCUUUGUUCUGAACCUGGUUCUGGGAGUGUUGAGCGGAGAGUUCUCCAAGGAGAGAGAGAAGGCCAAGGCUCGUGGAGACUUUCAGAAACUGAGAGAGAAGCAACAGCUGGAGGAGGACCUCAAGGGCUACCUGGACUGGAUCACUCAGGCCGAGGACAUCGAUCCGGAGAACGAGGACGAGGAGGGCUAUGAGGAGGGCAAACGCAACCGGGUGACUCUGGCUGACCUCACAGAGAAGAAGAAAGGAAGCAGGUUUGGGUGGUUCAGCCAGUCCUCCGACACUCAUGGUAAAUCCCCUGCCAGUGAGACAGAGUCGGUGAACACAGAGAACGUGGCCGAGGAUGAGGCGAAGACUCCGUGCUGCGGACCUUUUUGUCAAAAAAUUUCUAAAUCAAAGUUCAGUCGGCGCUGGCGUCGCUGGAACAGGUUCUGCCGCAGAAAGUGCCGGGUGGCGGUGAAAUCGGUGCCUUUCUAUUGGCUGGUGAUCAUCCUGGUGUUUCUCAACACGCUCACCAUCUCCUCCGAGCACUACAACCAGCCUGACUGGCUCACACAAGUACAGGACGUGGCAAACAAGGUUCUGCUGGGCAUGUUUACGUGUGAGAUGAUGACCAAGAUGUACAGUCUGGGCCUGCAGGCCUACUUUGUGUCCCUGUUCAACCGAUUUGACUGCUUCGUGGUGUGUGGAGGCAUCACYGAGACCAUCCUGGUGGAGCUGGCCAUCAUGUCUCCUCUGGGCAUCUCCGUGUUCCGCUGUGUCCGCUUGCUCAGGAUCUUCAAGGUCACACGUCACUGGCAGUCUCUCAGUAACUUGGUGGCGUCGCUGCUCAACUCCAUGAAGUCCAUCGCCUCCCUGCUGCUCCUGCUCUUCCUCUUCAUCAUCAUCUUCUCCCUGCUGGGCAUGCAGGUGUUCGGGGGCAAGUUCAACUUCGACGAGACGCAGACCAAGAGGAGCACCUUCGAUAACUUCCCCCAGGCACUGCUCACUGUGUUUCAGAUCCUGACAGGUGAAGACUGGAACGCUGUGAUGUAUGACGGCAUCAUGGCGUACGGCGGCCCUUCUUCCUCGGGGAUGAUCGUCUCCUUCUACUUCAUUAUCCUCUUCAUCUGCGGAAACUACAUCCUGCUGAACGUCUUCYUGGCUAUMGCUGUGGACAACCUGGCAGACGCAGAGUCUCUCAACGCUCCAGGAGACAAAAAGGACGAGAAAAAGGAAGAGGCACCAGUGGAGGAGGAAGAGGAGAAUGCUGCAGCAGAGGAGGAGGAGGAGCCAGAGGUUCCAGCAGGGCCACGCCCAGCCAUCUCUGAGCUGGUCAAGAAGGAGAAGAUCACCCCCAUCCCUGACGGCAGCGCUUUCUUCAUCUUCAGCAAGACCAACCCGAUCCGGGUGGGAUGUCAUAGACUCAUCAACCACCACAUCUUCACCAACCUCAUCCUGGUCUUCAUCAUGCUCAGCUCUGUCUCCCUCGCUGCAGAGGACCCCAUACGCAACUUCUCCGCACGCAACAUCGUCCUAGGCUAUGCAGAUUACGUCUUCACUAGCAUGUUUACAUUUGAGAUCAUGUUGAAGAUGACCACAUACGGAGCGUUCCUCCAUAAAGGGGCGUUCUGUAGGAACACCUUCAACCUGCUGGAUCUGCUGGUGGUGGGGGUCUCCCUGGUCUCCUUCUGCAUCCAGUCCUCCGCCAUCUCAGUGGUGAAGAUUCUGAGAGUCCUGCGAGUGCUCAGGCCCCUGAGGGCCAUCAACCGAGCCAAGGGCCUCAAGCACGUGGUCCAGUGUGUGUUCGUGGCCAUCCGGACCAUCGGUAACAUCAUGAUCGUCACCACGCUGCUGCAGUUCAUGUUCGCCUGCAUAGGAGUGCAGCUGUUCAAGGGGAAGUUUUACCGCUGCACGGACGAAGCCAAGUCUGGCCCCGACGAUUGCAAGGGCACCUACAUCCUUUAUAAGGACGGGGACGUGAACCAGCCGUUCCUCCAUAAGAGAGUGUGGCACAACAGCGAGUUCAACUUUGACAACGUGCUCAUGGCCAUGAUGGCUCUGUUCACUGUGUCUACCUUCGAGGGMUGGCCUUCGUUGCUCUACAAGGCCAUAGACUCGAACAGGGAGAACCUGGGUCCCAUCUACAACUACCGCAUCGAGAUCUCCAUCUUCUUCAUCAUCUACAUCAUCAUCAUCGCCUUCUUCAUGAUGAACAUCUUCGUGGGUUUCGUCAUCGUUACGUUUCAGGAGCAGGGRGAGAAAGAGUACAAGAACUGUGAGCUGGAUAAGAACCAGCGUCAGUGUGUGGAGUAUGCCCUGAAGGCCCAUCCGUUGAGGAGGUACAUCCCUAAGAACCCCUACCAGUAUAAGUUCUGGUACGUGGUCAACUCCACCGGGUUUGAGUACAUCAUGUUCGUCCUCAUCAUGCUCAACACACUCUGCCUGGCUGUGCAGCACUAUUUCACUGAUGCGUGGAACACGUUUGAUGCCUUAAUUGUAGUUGGUAGCGUCGUUGAUAUUGCUAUCACUGAAGUGAAUAACACGGAGGACAACGCUCGCAUCUCCAUCACCUUCUUCCGCCUCUUCCGAGUCAUGCGAUUGGUCAAACUGCUGAGCAGAGGGGAGGGGAUCCGCACCCUCCUGUGGACCUUCAUCAAGUCUUUCCAGGGCUCUUCCAUAUGUGUUUUGGCCGCUUCGCUAAUGCGCGCAAUGCUCUUCUUCAUCUAUGCAGUCAUUGGCAUGCAGGUGUUUGGGAAGAUAGCCAUGGUGGACGGCACCCACAUCAACCGGAACAACAACUUCCAGACCUUCCCUCAGGCCGUGUUGCUGCUCUUCAGGUGUGCCACGGGCGAGGCGUGGCAGGAGAUCAUGUUGUCGUGUAUUUCGGGAAAGCUGUGUGACCCAGAGUCAGACUACAACCCUGGGGAGGAGAUGACCUGUGGCGCCAGCUUCGCCUACAUCUACUUCAUCAGCUUCUACAUGCUCUGUGCCUUCCUGACCUGGGGACACCAGGGCAGGAUUAAACAUCUGGACGUGGUCACUCUGCUCCGACGCAUCCAGCCUCCACUGGGCUUCGGCAAACUCUGCCCUCAUAGAGUGGCCUGCAAGAGACUGGUGGCCAUGAACAUGCCUCUAAACAGCGACGGCACCGUCAUGUUCAAUGCGACGCUGUUUGCGUUAGUGCGAACCGCCCUGAAGAUCAAAACAGACGGUAAUCUGGAGCAGGCCAACGAGGAGCUGAGAGCCGUAAUCAAGAAGAUCUGGAAGAGGACCAGCAUGAAACUGCUGGAUCAAGUGGUGCCCCCUGCUGGUGAUGAUGAGGUAACCGUGGGGAAGUUCUAUGCCACCUUCCUGAUACAGGACUACUUUAGGAAAUUCAAGAAACGUAAAGAGGAGGGCCUGGUAGGGGUGCACGCCUCCCAGAACAACACAGCCAUCGCUCUACAGGCUGGCCUUCGCACGCUACAUGAUAUUGGGCCCGAAAUUCGACGAGCGAUAUCAUGUGACCUGCAAGAUGAGGAGCUAGUAGACUUUAUUCCAGAGGAGGACGAGGAGAUUUAUAGGCGCAAUGGUGGCCUGUUCGGUAACCACAUCAACCAUGUGAACGGUGACCACCACCGGCGCUCGUCAGGGCAACAGACCAACGCCACCCAGCGGCCCCUGCAGGUGCAGCCGCCUCCGCACUAUGCCCACAUGGAGCAGCCGGUGGGGCGUCUCUGCCGGGCCAACGUCAUGUCCCACCCGCACCCCAAUCACCACCACCACAACUCCUCGUACGGCAAGUCGCCCAAGUCCACCAACGUCAACCUGAACAACGCCAACGUGUCCAGUCUGCCCAACGGAGGAGGACACCACCACCGUUACUAUGAGUACACUCCGCCCCCCGCCAACGGUUACCCGGGACACCGCGGUGGCCUCUACUACACCGACUUCGACAAGCCGCCACCUCGCGGCACRCCGCAGGGACAAAGGCGCUACUAUGAGACCUAUGUUAGGUCCCACCGGGGAGACGCCCGCCUUCCCACCAUCCGGCGGGAGGAGUUUGAGGAUGACAGGUACUCGGGAGAGUACUACAGCGGGGAGGAGUUCUACGAGGACGACAGCAUGUUGUCAGGAGACAGGAGGUCCUAUAUGGAACACGUGGACAGGUACCAGAACAGUGACACGGAGUACGAGACGCCGAGAGGCUACCAUCACCCCAACAGUUACGACGACGAGCAACCCCUCUACCAAGACGGAAGGAGGUCGCCUAAGAGACGGAUGCUUCCUGCCACGCCCCAAGGUCACAGGAGGCCCUCCUUCAACUUUGAGUGUCUGAGAAGGCAAGGCAGUCAGGACGAGCUACCACACCAACGCACUGCACUACCAUUGCACCUAAUGCAGCACCAGGUGAUGGCUGUAGCAGGGCUGGACUCCAGCAGAGCCCACCAUCUCUCCCCCUCCCGCUCCACCCGCUCCUGGACCACUCCCCCCGCCACUCCGGCCAGUAAGGAGCAGUCGCCCUGCUACACGCCCCUCAUCCGGGUGGAUCACCCCGGACGCAGAGCGUCUGAAUCUCCUCUUCUCUUCGGGGAGAGUGGCGUCAGCAGCCAGGUGCCUCUGAGGAAGAGCUCUUGGUACACAGACGACCCAGAGUACUCCCAGGGGAUCUAUUCCCCCGUCCACCUCCAGGUGGCCCCGGAGUACCACCAGCAGCGCCAUCAGAAGAGCGCCACCUCCUUGGUGGAGGCGGUGUUGAUAUCAGAGGGUCUCGGGAGAUACGCCAUGGAUCCAAAGUUCGUGGCCGCCACCAAGCACGAGAUAGCGGACGCGUGCGAGAUGACCAUCGACGAGAUGGAGAGCGCGGCCAGCCACCUGCUGAGCGCUGGCGUGGUGCCGGCGGUUAACGGGGUCAACGUGUACCCCGYCAUGAGCGAGCGGGACUACGACCUUCAAGACGCCACGGCCCGUUAUAGUGACGAGGAGCCGGAGGUGGAGCUUAGAGUGGUGUACGAGGAGGACCUGGCAGGCGAGAUGAUCUGCAUCACCACUUUAUAGCAUCGGCUGGAGAAUAAACGACUAGAAGUGAACUGCUCGCUGUAUGUACUCUACUUAAUAUAGACUACAGCACCGACAGUGGAAAACCCAAUGAGAAAUGCAUCUAUUGGCUUACGACCAAAAGAAGUGCCUUUUACAUGGAAGAGAAAGGUACCUAUGAGGAGAGAGAGAGAGAGAGAGAGACAAUGGCCCCGCCCACUUAUUCUGUCACUCGCCCUCUGCCAGCCAGGGCAUUCACGUCAACGUCUGUCAAUCACAGGGCCAGGAACCAAUCCUGGUGCCAGGAAACUAUGUUACUUCCGCCCUCCCAGACCGGCACUACUGGCACAUGGUGGACCAUGCCCGUAGGUCAUAGGUCACGAUCUGGAGGUGACACAGGCUCAUCAACGAGCCAGUCGCAGACUGAGGGCGUGGAGUGUCAGUGGAGGAGAUGGACCUAUUGGCAGAGGCGUGAGGUACCGGGCCGGGUCGUUAAGGGUGUUGACAAUCAGAUGAAAGAUGUCAUUCCCUCUGUCACUUUAUUAAGGUUUUGGCAUAUCAUGCAAGUUUUCAAUGCAAGCAUAGGAAGGCAUAUCUCCCCCCCCUUAGAUGUUUUAGUAUAAGAUUAACCAGUUUAAGUAUGCAGGAGAUAUCAGUCACAUUUAUAGCAUCAUCAAACCAGAAUUAUUCACYGAGUGGUUCAAGCCCUGAAUGCUGAUUGGCUGACAGCCUUGGUAUAUCAGACCAUAUGCCACGGGUAUGACGAAACAUGUAUUUUUGCUGCUCUAAUUACGUUGGUAACCAGUUUAUAAUAGCAAUAAGGCACCUCGGGGUUUGUGGUAUAUGGCCAA